GACAUCACCUGCAGUACCGUUAGCGGAGUCAGUGGGUUUACUGUACGGGAUGUUUUUAAAUGUUCCCGCCGAGUCACUACUGAGAUGAAUCAUGGGAAAGCGACGGAGGAAGAGAGGGCGUGAACACAGAGAUUCGUAUGGGUUUAAGAUCUCUGAGCUGCUGACCCAACUGGCUGUGAGAACCACACCCCCUAAUGGGCCCCUCACCCGUAACGUCAGCCUCCUCCCCUCCUUCACCCUCCCCGCGGUUCGAGAAACGACCGCCACCACCCGCUCCAAGGCCCAUCUCCCAGAAUGCAUCAUGAGACUCUCAGACACCCAGUGUCGGAAAUGGUACCACCAGAGACAAGCCACGCCCUUCUCCGCCUCAACCCCCACCCCAGCCCUUAACCCUAGGCCUGCCCCCAACACCCCGGGACACACCACUGCUCCCGCCUCCGCCAAUAGCAGCCAACCAGGGAGAGAGAGACCCAGCCUGGUUUCCCCUGAUUUGUUUUUCCUACCCUAUCUUGCGGCACGGGAAACUGCGAAGGGCUGUGAUUCGCUGUCAUUGUUGAGGGAUCUGUUCCAGAGGGGUGAGGUGUGUCCAGACAUCCUGGGGGUGAAGGAGUGGUCGAGCCAGAGACCUGCUGCCUGGACCAAUGAUACAGCAGUAGCACCACAACGUAUGUCGAUAGAACCUGGUGUGGCUAGCGUGCAUUACUUUGAGGACCUGAGGGACCUGCAGAGGAAGUUGUUCAGGGGGAUCCUGUGGACGUCCAGCAGGGGUCGCGACCUUUGAGCGGGGUGACCAUGACAACCUCUCCAGGACUUUAUACACCGUCAGCCUCAAACGCACCUCCCACAACACCUCCCUCCUCUGUUCCUCCACCACAACACCUCCCUCCCCUGCUCCCCCCACCACGCCUCCCUCCUCUGCUCCCCCCCACAACCCUACCUGGAAUACAUUUAAUAAAAAUAUUAUGUAAAUGUCCUAAAGCGCAAAUAUACAUUAUCUGAUUUAAAUAUACAUUAUCUGAUGACAUUGCUUUAGAAAGGGGCACAAGACAGGGAUGUCCCCUCUCCCCUCUUCUGUUUGCACUGGCAAUUGAACCACUUGCAGAAAGAAUUAGACAGGACCCACACGUAACAGGUAUCAGUAUUGGUAAACAUGAUUAAGGGAGUGUUGGAACAUAACAAACAAAAUUACAGUUAAGGAAAAUGGAUGCUUAAUCCAGUAUAAACUCAUGUAUAGAAUAUUAUACAAGAGACAAAAUUCACAACUUCUACAGCACAACG